AUUAAAGCUGCGUGUCACUUUCUUCAAAUUUCAUCAAAUUUAUUCUUUGUAGCAUAAGAAUGGUAUUCUAAAGAUUUCUUACCGCUGAUAGACAAUAAACUGUUUGCAGUCUAUAUCAGUGCAUUUGCAUCUGUCAUUCACCUAAUCAUCGAUUUCGAAAGCAAUCCACAACAACCCGACAUAUUGUUGAAAUAAAAAAACAUUUUUAAAUAUGAAAAGUCGGCCCACACGCAGGGAUAGUGUAGUUUCAGAGUGGGAAGACAAUAUUAUCUUCGAUGCUGAUGAUCCAGAUUUCUAUAGUGCAUCACCCAACGCCGAAAAUCAGCAAAUCGUUCUCAGCACAAGGACGCUGACUUUAACGGCUCAGACACCUAUUGUAGGAUGUUUAGACACCUCCAACAACAAGUUAAAUGCAGUGAACAUAAAAGCUCCAACAACAAUGUCUUUAGCUAGUGUCCACGGACCGCAAUUUACCGAUAUCUGCAGCCCAUUGGGACGCAGCAGUAUUAGCAUGUCUUCAUCAUUGUCCGAUUUAGUCGGUAGUCCGUUGGAAAUUUCCAUGGACAAUGUACUUACUAUUGAAGAGCUGCGUCAGCACAUGGGCUCAUGUUUUACAUGCGGAGUAUCCUGGACCGAUGACCAUGUCUCUCUCGACUGCAGUGAAUGUGGAGGCUACAGCUUAGAGCGUCCCUGCCCACUAUGUGAUGGUCAAUGUGGUGUGCUGUGGAAGCGUGAUUUCACAAUGUCGCAUGCCUAUAGCAAAGCUCGAUGGCAUGGGGUGUGUCCCAGUUAUCAGGAGGCAAUGACACAUUUAAAUCCCCACGAAUCUGCUGUCACAUCCUCCGCUCCGCCAUCAACGUGUGCCAACGCAGCCACGCAUAUGCGUUUGGCCCAGGAGCUGUGUCUACGUUUGGAAGAGCUUUCAGCAAGUGCUCAUACGUGAUGAUACGUCAAGCAGCUAUCUAAAAGUUCCUCAAUUUAUCGUUAUUCCAUUUUCAUCUGAAUUGAAGAAAACCUUAAUCAACUAGCACAUGCUUCAUUUCUCCACUGUUUACUGAUCUACCUGAGAGUUAUUUGUUUUCAACUUGUUUAAUAAAACCCAAUUAAUUACAUUUCACUAUAAUAAAAUAAUUAUAACUAUGAAAAAAAAUGUUGCUGUAAAGCCUGCCUCUUAAAAACUGCUCCAUGCCAAAAUUCAGAAGCUUAUACAAUUUAUUACUUUGUUAUUGUAAGUUAUCUUUCCGUUAAGACUUCCUUCCAUACACAUUUAGUACAUAUUAUA